CCCCGGCAAUCAGCAGGAGUCGUCGGGGCGGAGCACCUCUGCCAACACAAGCAGCCCCGUAAAGAAAGAUGGAGCUCGGAGUGAGACAGCGGUAGGAACAUGAGCUGUCAACCCGCAGCCUCUUCUCCCGUCGCCGGUUCUCCUCAAUAGCUGACACCGUCUCCUGGCAGAGAGCUCCCGCCGGCCGACAGCGCCUCCAUGGCAGCUCUGUCCCAUCUGGUGCUCCGGUUCUCGGACUCCGCCGGUCGCUCGUACGGCGUCUUCUCCAAAGGCUUGACGAGGACUUUGUUGAUAUUCUUUGAUCUAGCAUGGCGGCUGCGGAUCAGAUUCCCGUACAUCUACCUCGUCGCCUCCAUGAUGUUUAAUGUCAGAUUACAGGUGCACAUUGAAAUCCACUGAUCAGUCUCCAGUGCCUGCUUUUGGACUCAGAAGAGUUGACUGUGAGCGCUGCCAUGUUUCAGUCCUCUCCAGGCGACUGGCUGAUGCUGCGGCCUCUUGCUGAGAGGAAGUGUAAUUCUGCAGACUGGUGUGGCGACGCCAUAAUGUGACAGCGCCUGUUGCCGUGGUCAGCCCGCGUCACGCGAGCUCAGUGCCUUUUUGCGGGGGGGGGUUUGGGAGGAACAACAGUGACGUCUGCAGAGGUCAGUCGGCAGAGAAGGAAGAUGCAUCAGGAGGUUUUUCACUUGCCACCGAAGAUUCAGGAGCCGCUCAUCAUGUCUUGGAGGACUGUGGCGUGCGAAAGGAGAACUGUGGGUUUCAGCUUAAAAACUGAUGAUUGUUGCUGUGGGACGUUGUGGCUUCUUCUUAUUGUCUGACAUGUAUGUUUUUUAGGAGCUCAGUGUAAAGAUGUCACAGAAAAAUACUGGAAUAAUUUCACUUUAAUUAAGAAAAUAAACAUCUACACCGCAUGACACCGGCAAAGCAUGUUUGUAGCUGUGGCUUGGACACUUGAUUUGAGGCUGGGGUCGGCUGGAUCAUCGGUACAAGGUCUCUGUCAGGAAGUGCAGCCUCAGAGGGAAUCACUGCAUGUCCUCUUUGUGUUCGUACACACAGGUUGCCACUGUUGUGUUGCACUGGAACGGUAACACAUUUUACGUUCAAAACUAUUUUUGUAACUUCAUUUGUCCCGAGUGUUUAAUCUGUGAUAAAUAUCAGGUUGGACGUCACAGAACCGAGGGCGAGAAUGAUUUGAAUUUGAAAAAUAAUAAAUUAAUGAAAUCGCUCUUCUAAGCCCUUUUUUUGUAAUUCUUUAUCAAAUUGGCAGUGUCUCUUUUUCUAUUCAUUUGACCGCUAUAGAUAAAUGUCAUUUUGCAUUACUCUCUGUAUCUUCAAACAACAUAUAAACAUCCAAGUGUGGAAAAACCC